AAUUCUGGGAAAGCAAGGCAGAGCUGCUGCUGCCGCUGCUGCUAUGGGUACAAAGCUGUUCUGAGAAAAAAAAAUAAAAGAACAACAAUUCCUUUAAAGUUUCACCUCGUAGUAUUUAAAUAACACAAAGGCAAGGAGAGUCGCAAAGAACAAAUGUGUGGGGUCUGUCCCUGGUGGAAGAGUGGAGGAAAGGAUGGGAUGUACAAAGGACACCAAGAACACAGUGAUUAUUAAUUAGCAAUUGCCUGCAACCACCCUGUCCGCUUCACAAGCCUUCACCUACACCCUUGAAACCUGAUUUGAUGGUGAGGCCUUUGGAGCAGUCAUAGCAUGAUAAUUCAGUUGUUGGCAAAAAGUUGGUCAACUUCUGAAAUUUAAAGGGCAUCACCAUAGCGUGUCAGGUGGACAAGCUGGCGAUGUCAAGGGUGCCGACCCCUCCUCCACCUGGAGAGAUGUCCAGUGGGCCUGUGGCUGAAAGCUGGUGUUACACACAGGUGAAAGUAGUCAAAUUUUCUUAUAUGUGGACCAUAAACAACUUCAGUUUUUGUCGGGAAGAGAUGGGAGAGGUUCUAAAGAGUUCAACAUUUUCUUCUGGGCCUAAUGAUAAAAUGAAAUGGUGCCUGAGAGUAAACCCAAAGGGAUUGGAUGAUGAGAGCAAAGACUAUUUAUCAUUAUAUUUAUUGCUAGUUAGUUGUCCAAAAAGUGAAGUAAGAGCAAAGUUUAAGUUCUCUUUGCUGAAUGCCAAGAGAGAAGAAACAAAAGCUAUGGAAAGCCAAAGAGCAUAUCGGUUUGUCCAGGGCAAAGACUGGGGGUUCAAAAAAUUUAUUAGGAGAGAUUUUCUGCUUGAUGAAACAAAUGGCCUUUUACCAGAUGACAAGCUUACAUUGUUUUGUGAGGUAAGCGUAGUCCAAGACUCUGUUAAUAUUUCUGGCCAGUCAAAUAUGAACAUGUUAAAGGUUCCAGAGUGUCGGUUAUCAGAUGAUUUAGGGAAUCUUUGGGAAGGUUCAAGAUUUACAGACUGCAGCCUUUAUGUAGGAGGACAGGAGUUCAAAGCACACAAAUCCAUUUUAGCAGCUCGAUCUCCUGUUUUUAAUGCAAUGUUUGAACAUGAAAUGGAGGAAAGUAAAAAGAACCGUGUAGAAAUAAAUGACGUUGACCCUGAUGUGUUUAAGGAGAUGAUGAGAUUCAUUUACACAGGGAAGGCACCAAAUCUUGAGAAAAUGGCUGACAACUUGUUGGCUGCGGCAGAUAAAUAUGCGUUGGAACGUUUGAAGGUUAUGUGUGAAGAAGCUUUGUGUAGCAACCUCUCAGUCGAAAAUGUUGCAGAUAUCCUCAUACUAGCUGAUCUACACAGUGCAGAACAGCUCAAAGCACAAGCAAUAGACUUCAUCAACAGGUGCAGUGUCCUUAGACAGCUUGGCUGCAAAGAUGGAAAAAACUGGAACAGCAACCAUGCAACAGACAUAAUGGAAACUGCAGGCUGGAAAUCGAUGAUCCAGUCCCAUCCUCAUUUAGUAGCAGAGGCCUUUCGAGCACUAGCAUCUGCACAGUGUCCACCUUUUGGCAUUCCACGCAAGCGGCUAAAACAAUCCUAACUGCUAAAAAGAACAUUUAGAGACUAUUAAAAACUGACUUUGAAACGUCCAAGGUAUGUUUCUGGCCUCAUGAACCUCAUGAAAAAAAUGAACAUUUUCUGGUCGGUUGCAGUAAUCUUUGUACUUGGAACACUGGCUCGACUUCACUUCAACCGAUGGAUCAGUUCAGUUUUGGUCUUCAGCUUUAAAUUAGUUUACAUACAAUGUCUGCCAUCAUUUUAUAUGGCCUUAAACAAUCUGCUAUUGCUCCAAGAGUUUCUGUUGUGUAUAUCUCUAACUCUGUGUGCCUGCCGCCUUUUCACUGAGACAAGGCUUUGCCAGAUUGCACUAGCUCCCAUAAUGCAGUAAAUGUAUAAAGUUGUACUUUAAAAAAGCUUUUAUUAAAUUGUUGAGAAAGCUCUCUUUGUUUUUGUUUUUUUCUCUUACCAUAAAUGUUUUGUACAGCUAUUUGUUCAUACAGGCAUGAAUGUUUUAAAGGGCCUUUUAUUUGUUUAUUUUUACAGUGGUUUAUCAGAUUGACUGACUGGUGUGGCAUAAAUAUUACUGCAUAUUUUAUAUCGAAUGCUCAUCAAAAGGUCAAAUUAACCAGGUAAUGGAUGAUGAUGACUGGUCUCUCAUAACUAGAGAAAAUCAUUUAAAUACAGUAUUUGUGGCUGGAGGAUGUGUUUAAUUGAAACAGCAGAAACUAGCUAUACUCCUAAAGGUGUUUCAGUAGCAACAACCUUGACAGAUAGUUAGUGUCAUUUCAACUAGAUGGAAGCUUUGAAGUCAUGAAUGUUGGCAUAGGUCCUCUUUCUUCGACAUGUCUUUUGCUCAGUUGGAAUUCAGUUGAAAUAAAGGUACCUAUUAUUUAUCUUUUAAAAUAUAUAGAGUGGUGUUGGAACAUUGUUACCUGAAUGUGAUUCAUCGUGUUGCCAUCAUGUAGUCCUUGAGGAUUGUAUGUACAUCUGCCAGACCAGAUUGAGGCAAAUUAAUCUGGUCCCUAUAUAACGAAACAGGUCUGAUGUGUAAAAUAUCACAGACUUCAAUUUGUCUGACAGGCCAGAUCUGAGACUAUUCUAUGAACCUGUGAAUCGUAUCUUGCUGUGUUUGGCAAUCAAUUUAAUAUAAGACCAGAAAGACCAUGUAGAACGUAUGGGAAUGUAUGGGCUGCUGUAAUAACCUGGUAGUGGUGUACUAUUUUUGUUUCUUCUUCUUUUCAGUGACUGUUUGAACAUUUUGUUUUCUGAUGAGUAUUUAAUAGCAACAGGUGUUAUUUGGAGUUUAUUAUCAGACACUGAAAAUACUAAAAAUUUACUUGCAUUAUGGGAAUUAUCGUAAUUCUGGUUAGUACGUCCCAGUUAAGCCAGUGGUUUAAUAUGAAGUAGGUUUGUUUACCAUCAUAUGUACAUUAAAUUUGUUUACAGAUGUCAGCUUAAUACUCAGCCAUGCUUUUUACAUAUUUUUGUUGCUUUCCUAUCCAGAUAAAAUGCAGGUCUUGUUAUUACUAGUGAACUUAUUUAACCUUGACCAGUGUACUAUGGCAGAGCUCAAUGUGGCCUAGAAGCUACACAUUUAGCAAAGACAAAACUGAUAUGAAGUUAUGUAGUAAAAGGCUUGUGACAUCUCAAUCUAUGUUUUUUUGUUUUUUGUUUUUUCCAGGACUAGGUACAAUAUUUUGUUUAGUUUAAGCGUGACAUUCUGUAUGCCUUUUACCCCAGUAAACAAUAAAAGGCUUUAGCCCAAUUACCUGGAUUUGUAUGGGGGCAAGAACACGGAA